AUGGCUCCGAUCGCCGCCUGUGGCCACAACGCCCGCAGCGCAACGGCCGCGGCUGCGCCGGCGGCGCGCGGCCUGAGGGGGGCGCUGCGCUCGCGCAGCAGAGCGCGGCAGAGCCGGGGCUGCGGGCACAGCGCGGGCGGGGCGGCUCCCGGGGCUGGCCCGGCUCCGCACGGCAGGGCGAGCCAGCAGCUCCUGCAGGAGCGUGUGGAGUCCUCCCACCGUGCUGUUGCCCAGAUUGUGACAAUGUAUGACAAGCUACAGGAGAAGGUGGAUGUGGUGUCUCACAAGCUGAACAGUGGAGAUAGGUUGUUAGCACUCUCAGGAGACACAUUAACAGUAGGAUUUACAAGCAGUUUAUCCCAACAGUUUGAGGAGAUGAAUGCAGAGCUGGAAGAGAAUAAAGAGCUUGCUGGAAAUCGCCUUAAUGAAUUGGAGGAACUACGUCAGGAUCUUGAGGAAGUAACAACACAGAAUGAAAAGCUCAAGGUACAAUUCAGCGAGUCUGUCACUCCACUUGCAGCUCAGGGCGUUGGUGACACCGUGUGGCCACCGUUGGAAAUUAGGGAUGAGGUCAGCCUUCACAAGAAGCUGCGUACUGAGGUGAUUCAGCUGGAGGACACCCUGGCACAAGUUCGCAAAGAAUAUGAGAUGUUGAGGAUAGAGUUUGAAGAGACACUUGCUGCCAAUGAGCAAGCAGUUUCCGGCCUACACUCAGUUGCUGUUUUAUGUUACCAGAAUAAAAUGAACCACGAGCUACUCCAUGUCCAUGUGGGGGAUGAGAGAAUAUUGCCAGGCUGUGGUGCUGGCUGUGUAACAGUGUGGCUUUGCUGCUGUGUUCUCUCUGUGGUCUGUCUCCCUUUCUCCAGGAAGGCCCAGGAGAGUCAGAAGGAGAUGAAACUGUUGCUGGAUAUGUACCGCUCUGCCCCCAAAGAGCAGAGAGACAAAGUGCAGCUGAUGGCAGCUGAGAAGAAGGCAAAAGCUGAGCUUGAAGAACUGAGGCAGAGGGUGAAAGAAUUGGAAGACAAGGAAAAAAAGGAAAGUAAGAAGAUGGCUGAUGAGGAUGCCCUCCGCAAGAUCCGAGCAGUGGAGGAACAGAUUGAAUAUUUACAGAAGAAGCUUGCCAUGGCUAAGCAGGAGGAAGAGGCCCUGCUGUCGGAAAUGGAUGUCACAGGCCAAGCCUUUGAAGACAUGCAAGAGCAGAACAGAUGCAUGCUGAUCCGCCUGAUGCAGCAGCUGCGGGAGAAGGAUGAUGCCAACUUCAAGCUGAUGUCAGAACGUAUCAAGUCCAACCAGAUGCAUAAGCUGCUGAAAGAGGAAAAGGAGGAGCUAGCAGACCAAGUUUUGACACUGAAAACACGUCACAGCUCUCUGUGUGUGUUGCAGGCCCGCCUGACGUGCCCCUGCUGCAACGUGCGCAAGAAGGACGCGGUGCUCACCAAGUGCUUCCACGUCUUCUGCUUCGAGUGCGUGAAGACGCGCUACGACACCCGGCAGCGCAAGUGCCCCAAGUGCAACGCGGCCUUUGGGGCCAACGACUUCCACAGGAUCUACAUCGGCUGAGGCUCUCAGAGCCCCUGCUGGUGCAGAGCCAGCCUCC